GAUGGCACCAGGAUGAAAGGGUUUUCCUUCGGGCACGGUGCCUCUGUAGCUGGGGAGCUGGUCUUCAAUACUGGCCUGGUGGGGUACCCCGAGGCCCUGACUGACCCCAGCUACAGGGGUCAGAUCCUGACCCUGACUUACCCGAUUGUUGGGAACUAUGGGGUUCCCAACACCCAGGAGCUGGAUGAGCUGGGCCUGAGAAAACACGUGGAGUCGGAGCGCAUCCAGGUGUCCGGUCUUCUGGUUCAAGACUACAGCCACGACUACAGCCACUGGAAUUCUGUCAAGUCUCUGGGUCAAUGGCUACAAGAAGAGAAGGUUCCCGCGCUGUUCGGUAUCGACACCAGAAUGCUGACCAAGGUCAUCAGAGACAAGGGCACAGUUUUAGGAAAGAUAGAAUUUGAUGGGCACCCUGUGGAGAUAUCUGACCCCAACCAGAAAAACCUGGUAGCAGAGGUUUCAACCAAGGAAAUCCGAGUUUUUGGAAAAGGCAACCCCAUCAAAGUGGUGGCUGUGGAUUGUGGCAUUAAACACAACAUCAUCCGGCUGCUGGUUAAGCGAGGUGCAGAAGUCCACCUGGUGCCGUGGGACCAGGAGCUGCAGAGUCUAGACUACGACGGCCUGUUCAUAUCCAACGGACCAGGAGAUCCGUCUCUGGCCCAGAAGCUGAUCCACAAUGUGCGCAAGGUAGGAUGUGGUGCUAGUGACCAUCCCCAGCCUGUGUUUGGGAUCUGUAUGGGCAACCAGAUCACCGCCCUGGCUGCAGGAGCGAAGUCGUACAAACUACCCAUGGGGAACAGAGGGCAGAACCAGCCGGUGCUGAACGUAAUGACAGGCCAGGCCUUCAUUACAGCACAGAACCACGGCUACGGCAUAGACAGCGAGUCCCUGCCCCCGGGGUGGAGCCCGCUAUUCAUCAACGCCAACGAUGGCACCAAUGAGGGCAUCAUGCACAACACCAAGCCUGUUUUCACCGCCCAGUUCCACCCAGAGGCUAAGGGUGGUCCCACUGACACAGAGUUCCUCUUUGAUGCCUUCAUAUCUCUGAUCAAGAAAGGAAAGGACGCCAACAUCGUGUCAGUCAUGCCCCCAAAGCCCAGCAUCCCUCCCAGAGCCCAGGUAUCAAAGGUGCUGGUACUGGGUUCUGGCGGUCUCUCUAUCGGUCAGGCUGGAGAGUUUGACUACUCUGGAUCUCAGGCCAUCAAGGCCAUGAAGGAAGAAAACCUGAAGACGGUGCUCAUGAACCCGAACAUAGCUUCAGUUCAGACAAACGAAGUGGGCUCCAAGCAGGCCGACUCGGUCUACUUCCUCCCCGUUACGCCGGAGUUUGUGACCGAGGUCAUCAAGACGGAGCGUCCUGAUGGCGUCCUGCUCUCCAUGGGCGGACAGACUGCACUCAACUGUGGAGUGGAAUUAUUCCAGCGUGGCGUCUUGGAGAAAUACGGGGUGAAAGUCCUUGGAACCCCAGUGGAGUCCAUCAUGGCCACAGAGGACAGGCAGCUUUUUGCUGACAAGCUGAUGGAGAUUAAUGAGAAGAUCGCCCCCAGUAUCGCCGUGGAGUCGGUGUCUGAUGCCCUGAAAGCAGCGGAGCAGAUCGGCUAUCCGGUCAUGUUACGAUCGGCCUACGCCCUCGGAGGUCUGGGCUCCGGCCUGUGUGCCAACAAAGAAAAGCUGCAGGAAACCGCCCACAAGGCUCUGGCCAUGAGCAGUCAGAUCCUGGUGGAGAAGUCUUUGCUGGGCUGGAAGGAGGUGGAAUAUGAGGUGGUGAGAGAUGUGGCCGAUAACUGUGUCACCGUGUGCAACAUGGAGAACUUCGACCCGCUGGGUAUUCACACAGGCGACUCCAUCGUGGUGGCGCCGAGCCAGACGCUGUCCAACGAGGAGUACCACAUGCUCCGCGAGACCGCCAUCAAGGUGGUACGGCACCUUGGGAUUGUGGGCGAAUGCAACAUCCAGUACGCCCUGCACCCGUCGUCCCUGGAGUACUGCAUCAUCGAAGUCAACGCCCGGCUCUCAAGAAGCUCAGCGCUGGCAUCCAAAGCUACCGGGUAUCCCUUGGCAUUUGUAGCUGCUAAGCUAGCUCUGGGAAUUCCUCUGCCAGAAAUCAAGAAUGCGGUCUCGGAGAAGACCACGGCCUGCUUCGAGCCCAGUCUGGACUACAUUGUCACGAAGAUUCCCCGCUGGGACCUGGACCGCUUUCAGGGCAUGUCCAGAGAAAUAGGCAGCUCCAUGAAGAGUGUUGGAGAGGUGAUGGCAGUGGGCCGGACCUUUGAGGAGAGCGUGCAGAAGGCCUUGAGGAUGUGUCAUCCAUCAGUGGAUGGCUUCGUGCCCCGGCUGCCACUCAAGAAAGCCUGGGCCGACACCCAGGAUCUGCAACAGGAGCUGGCUGUGCCCUCCAGCACUCGCAUCUUCUCCCUCGCCAAGGCUCUCCAUAGCGGCAUUAGUGUUGAUCAGAUCCACCAGCUGACGGCCAUCGACAAGUGGUUCCUCCAUAAACUUCACAGGAUCACGCAGCUGGAGCAGCACCUGGGAACCUACAAGAGUGGCUCGGUACCCAAGGGGCUGCUGCUGAAGGCCAAGCAGAACGGCUUCUCAGACCAGCAGGUCGGUCAGAUCCUGGACUCCAGCGAGGGAAAAGCCAGAGAGCUGAGGCUCAGUCAUGGCAUCAGACCCUGGGUCAAACAGAUUGACACCUUGGCAGCAGAGUACCCAGCAAUGACCAACUAUUUAUACUGUACUUAUCAUGGUCAGGAGCACGAUCUGGACUUUAAGGACCAGGGAAUUAUGGUUCUUGGUUGUGGACCCUAUCACAUUGGCAGCAGCGUGGAGUUUGACUGGUGUGCCGUGUCCAGCAUCAGAGCCCUGAGACACAUGGGCAAGAAGACGGUGGUGGUGAACCACAACCCUGAGACGGUCAGCACCGACUUCGACGAGUGCGACCGCCUUUACUUUGAAGAGUUGACCCUGGAACGCAUUCUGGACAUCGCCCAGCAGGAGGGUUGCUCCGGCAGCAUCGUGUCAGUGGGAGGUCAGAUUCCCAACAACCUGGCCGUCCCCUUGCACCUGAGCGGGGUGAAGAUUCUGGGGACGAGCCCUCUGCAGAUCGACCGGGCCGAGGAGCGCUCCGUCUUCUCCAGCAUCCUGGAUGACCUCGAGGUGGCCCAGGCCCCAUGGAGGGCCCUGAGCUCGCUGGAAGACGCCUUUGCCUUUGCCAACCAGGUGGGAUAUCCGUGUCUGCUGAGACCCUCCUAUGUUCUCAGUGGCUCUGCGAUGAACGUUGCGUAUGGCGAGGAGGAGAUGAAACGCUUCUUGGAGGAGGCUACGCAGGUGUCCCAGGAGCAUCCAGUGGUCAUCACUAAGUUCAUACGUGGUGCAAGGGAGGUGGAGGUGGACGCCGUGGCCAAGGAUGGAAAGGUUCUGGUCCAUGCCAUCACAGAGCAUGUGGAAGAUGCUGGAGUGCACUCGGGAGAUGCUACACUGAUGCUGCCGACCCAGACCAUCAGCCAGGGGGCGCUGGAGAAGGUUAAAAUUGCCACCCGGAAAAUUGCACAAGCGUUUGAAAUUUCGGGGCCCUUUAACACUCAAUUUCUGGUUAAAGGCAAUGAUGUCAUGGUGAUAGAGUGCAACCUGCGGGCGUCGCGCUCCUUCCCUUUCGUAUCAAAAACGAUCGGCGUUGACUUCAUCAAUGUGGCGACCAAAGUGAUGGUGGGAGAGCCUCUGGAUGAGGCCAGCCUGCCCUCGCUGGAGAAACCCAUCAUUCCUAUAGACUACGUAGGAAUCAAGGCGCCCAUGUUCUCCUGGCCACGGCUGAGGGAUGCAGACCCUGUGCUUCGCUGUGAGAUGGCUUCAACUGGAGAAGUAGCUUGUUUUGGACCAAACAUUUAUUCAGCCUUCCUGAAGGCUAUGCUCUCCACAGGCUUUAAGCUACCGCAGAAGGGCAUCCUGAUAGGGAUUCAACAUUCGUUCCGACCCAAUUUCCUGGCUACAGCGCACCAGCUGAAAGAAGAAGGCUUCAAGCUCUAUGCUACCGAAGCCACCUCUGCUUGGCUGUGUGCCAACGACGUGCCUGCCAUUCCAGUAGCGUGGCCCACUGAGACGGGAGGAGACACCAGCUUGCCCAGUAUUCAGAGACUGAUCAGUGAAGGCCACAUUGACCUGGUGGUCAACUUGCCCAAUAACAACACGCGCCACCUGAAGGCCAACUUCCUCAUCCGCAGAAUGGCCGUCGACCACGGCGUUCCCCUGAUCACCAAUUACCAGGUGGUGAAGCUGUUCGCUGAGGCGAUUCGCUACGCGGGGGAGCUCGACACAACCAGCCUCUUCCACUACCGGCAGAAAGAAAGGCAACAAAGAGGGGCUAGCCAGCAGGCCUAGAGCUCGUUCCCGGUCCUUCCAGCCCUUUGGAAGACAGCCGUAGAAAGUGGGAGCAACAUUUUUGUAGGACAGCUAAUUAAAAAUUCCUUAUUUUCCUAUUCUGUAAUGUCAAAAAUGUGCUCAGGUUACUUCAGUGGCACCAGUUUUAGUCCGUUAGGCGUCACCUCGGCCAAAACACAAUAAUUAACAAGGCAUCUUAACAUUUUUUUUACUAUUGUUGUCUAUCAAAGUAUCUAAGAGAUUGUAACCUGUUGCCAAAAAACAAAAGCGUGGUUUAUCCACCAGCAUGUAGAUGUUAUUUGAAAAGAGCUCUUACAAUUGUUAAAGUCUUCAGUUGACUGUGGACCAGGUUGUCUGCAGAUAUCUCCCUAAAGGUCAGAGUUCAAACAGGAACAUCCUGAACAACUAAAAAGACUACACACUUGAUUGGAAAAAUCAUCAGCCAAAGAGAUAUUUACCAACCUGGAAGUCAAAAAGUUCUUACAUUUCUGGUAAAUAGGGACCCUUUACUUAGAAUUCUAAUCCCUGUGUGUGUGUUUGGCCAAAGGACUUUCUGAUUAUGUGAUCUUGUUAAAAUUGUUUUGACGCCAUUCAAUACUUAAAUGGUGCUACAACAAUUUAUAAGUGUACUGUCAAACAAAACUAUACUGUCUGCAACUGUGAAAAUGA